AUGAGCGAAAAAACAGAGGAGAAUCGCAACGAUGGGCCACCCGCUGACAGCAUUGAUGGUGCCACGGUGGGUGGGGAUUCCCCCUCCAUCAGUCCCAAUAAUGCGAGAGCUUCAGCGAGCACAAUGCACAAGGAUCCGCUCAAUCUCGGCAUCCCUCUACCGGUCUUGGUGAUGUCCACUCCCAUCAACGCCACAGCCGGGGACGAUGAUAACCGCAAUGAAGGUAGUGCUGAAGCGGAAGAUGUCGAGGACUGCGAGUCGAAAGAAGGUCAUGUUGCUAGUCCCAUUGCCAGUACCAAAGAAGCCAAAAUGAUGGGUGGACGUGUGAAAGAAUUGAACAGUAUAGCGGCUGAGGACGCGAUGAAGUGCACCUCUGGUGAUGCCGAGUUAUUAGAGUGUAGUCUAAGGAGCAGAUUUGCUCUUGACUCUGCCACUGAUACAGCCGCACUUGAUGAGAUGGUGGCAAGUGCCACUGCUCUGUCGAUGUCGGAACCGGGGGGAUACGCGAUCGGUGGACCUGGAGGUGCUUCUGGACACGCGGGGACUGAUGACUCCAGCUAUGAUGGAACCGCAAGCCCAAGUGAAGAUCUGGAAGACGGUAUCUCAAGGCGGGCAAGUCCACGAGAAGCCUCAUUCUGCCGAGACAGUAGUACACGUCCCACAAGCGUCUCCAAUUUGGAUUCAUCAGACUACCUGGUGGAGGCAACACUUGUGACAGACCAGCAAGGGCAGCCUGUGGUCCAGGUGGAUGCAGAACCUGUACGCAGAUGUCCAUUUUACGCCACUGCUGGAUCGUUGGUUGCCCUCUUGGUUGCUGUAGUGGUACUAUCGGUGGGACUGUCAAGUGCUUCCAACGACUCGUCAAAGUCUGAUAAUCCCAUUCAAGCUACAAAAACGAUGAGUCCAACUGAAGCUCCCUUGCCAACUCUUGAGCGUAUUCAAAGGAAUGGCACUAGCUUUCUGGGAAGCAAUGCUACUUCAGCUGCAAGUGGUCGUGGCGCCAUGGACAAUGAUUUUGCCACCAGCCUUUGUGCUGCCGUCGCUGCAGCUGUGCUAGACGACCCGUCUGCUAUUCAAAUGGUGGUUCGGAAUGAAACAGAACAGUUUGAAGCUCUUGACGGCGGUGAAAUGGAUUAUCUGAUUAGCAGGAUAGGGGUUACGAUGAAGCAAGACGUCUACGAGGGAAGGUCGGGAAACGGGCUUGCCUACACCAUGCCUUACCUAUAUUCAGGGGUUGGCUUCACAGGUCAACCCGAAUAUGUGGAGUGUGCUGAUGACAAUAUCAAAACAUUCCAGAAUUGCAGUGAUAUGAUCAUUUGUAUCCACGAAGAUACUUUCUUUGCUCAGCAACUCUUGCUCCGAAUCCCCCAGCGGCAAGUCAUGAUCCUCAAUUCAACUCUAACACUCUUUACUAGCUUGCUCUUCGGCCGAUGCCAUGUCAUGGCAACUGAAGCCCCCGAGUUUUCGUUGGCAAUUCUGCGAGCUUUGGGGUAUCCAGGAGAUCUCACCGCAGGGAACCGAAUAUACACCACGGAGAUGUUUGCCCUUGCGUCCAGGGAUGGAGACCCAGAGUGGGCUGACUUCUUGAACGCUAUCCUAAUGGCUCUGCUGUACGCUGAAGAGGUGGGGAUCACAAAAGACACCGCUGACCGAUUUGGGCAAACACAUUGGUUCGGUGCUGAGUACAAGAACAUGUUCAUAAAUGCGAUCAGGGCUGUCGGGAAUUUCGGCGAGCUCUACACAUUCCCAAUGCCUCGAAACAACAGAAACUUGCCGAAUGUUGCGACAGGGAUCUUGGCGUCUCCGCCUCUUGGAGACAUUGGGCUAGAGAGUGUUCACAAAAGCGAAGAGGGGCCCAUAACUUAUGGAACCCUCGCAAAUGUGAGAGAUCGUGGCGUACUUCACUGUGGCAUCAGAGGAGGUCGUCCUGGCUUUGCCGACCACAAUGCCAACAGCUCAACCUUUCAAGGGUUUGACGUCGACUACUGUGUUGCCCUGGCAGCUAGUCUUCUUGAUGGGAAGUAUCAGAAUGUCAAGUUCUUCGACGUGAAUGUACGAGAUGAAACCAAUGGGUUUGUGAUGUUGCAGGAGGGGACAGUAGAUGUGUUUGCUGGUGCCGAGUGGACCAUUGACAAUGACCUUCGAGAGAAUGUCACAAACGCAGGUUUUGCAUUUUCCCAACCAUACUUCUAUAAUCCAGUGAAUGGCACAAGAUUUGAUGAGAACCUCUCUCUGGCCACUCGGCAAGAUGACGCACAGUUUUCUUCCUUUGUCUAUUGGGUUGCUCAGUCCAUUGUGUAUGCCGAAGAGCACGAUAUUGCCCAGAGGACUUCCAGCCAAAUGCCGCUUGUGGAGGUAUUCGGAAGUGGCUUGCGGCGCAUGUUCCGUGAUGCUGUCCAUGCUGUUGGGAACCACGCUUUGAUUGGCCCCACUUUCCAACCCCAAGUUUGGUUCCAAAACUUGUACACCGCAAUCGUCAUGUUCGCAAUUUUCAUGCAUGAACUUGCAGUGCAACCGGUAUUGUGGGACUUCUUCCCGCUUCCGCUGUGGGACUUUUCCAUGCUUCCAUCUUCUUUGACACACCCUUCUUCAACUGGUUUCACCUGGCUUCAACUGCACAAAGUUGUCAGAAUCAAGGAUAAGACCAGCUUCCAAUUGUCUUCGGGCAGUCUUGGAUGUAUGAAGGUGGAUACAGUGGACCAAUAG